AUGCUAGGUGGAGUUAUGUGGGCCACAGAUCCCCAACAUGUCUCCAGUCCUUUAUUAAAUUACUGUGGUGCUGGGUUGUGUUUCCUGAGUGGGCUCACCUUCUUCUUUGUGAGAACAGACGUGGAGGCACAUCCUCAUGCUGGCUCUCCUCUCCUGCAUCCUGACAGAAGGGUGAGAUCUGGGUGUGAACCCUCAGAGUCCUGGAUAGAAGUCAUAGGGCCAGAGACGAAACGAUUAAUAGGCUGCUCACUGGCCACGGCGUAUGGCCUGUUGGACGGCUUGUCCUUUGUCCCCAUCCUGUACAUCAAGAGCCGGGCCUCUUGCCAAGACAGCAUCUUCUACGGGGCCAGUCUGUACGAUCCUGACUAUGUGUACGCUCAGUGCUGUGGCAUUUUCCUCACCAGCACAGUCUACUUCCUGAUCUACUGUGCUUUAAUGACUAACAGACCCCAGGUGCCAUCCAGAGCUGUACUGCCAGGGUUUGCGUCUGGUUUAAUGUGGACGCUAGCUAACUAUUGCUGGUUCCUGGCCAACAUCUACUUGAGUUCAAUGGUGACCUUUCCCAUUGUGACAGCUUUGUUCCCCAUGUUAGGGUUACGGUCUGGUGGCAGCACUUUGGGGAUGUUUGGUGUUCAGGGAGAUCAAGGGUUGGGGGAAUUGCUGCAUCCUUGUCCUGGCCUCCUGUAUCUGCCUGAUUGGCUCCAUCCUGACUGCUUUGUCAAUGACGCAAUGAAGUGGAGAAUGACAAGCCACUAGAUGGCAAUGCCCCACACUGUCGACGUGCCUCCUUUCAGGGUCUGGAGCUGCAUGAGUUAGCUACAGAAUAUUUCAUGUUGAACCUGUCUCUCCACAUUCACUACCAUUCACAACUCCUGAAUCAUCUUUUCAGUCAUUUAUUUAUAGAUUGUAACACACCAGUAGCAUUUAGAGGACUCAAGAACUUGAGCACUUUUGUCUCCU